AUGCCGCGGAAGCCGAUCGUUGGAGGAAACUGGAAGUGCAACCCGAAGACGAUCAAAGAAGCACUGCAGCUAAUCCAGGACUGGAAGAACCAGGUACCGGUGGACAAGAGAAAAAUCGAGGUGUUUGCUUGCCCUAUGUUGCCCCAUCUUCUGAAAGUGAAGCAGCCUCUUGAGAAGAUGGGCAUCUCUGCUUGCGCGCAGAACUGCAGCAAGACCGGGGAGGGAGCAUUCACCGGAGAGGUCAGCGCAGCACAGUUGAAGGACUCGCGCGUGCAGUGGACUCUAGUUGGCCACUCUGAGCGGCGGACCAAGUAUGGCGAAACAGAUGAGGACGUCGCAGAAAAGGUGGCCCAAGCGCUCGCUGCAGACCUGAAGGUGGUACUGGCAAUUGGCGAGCUGUUGGAGGAACGUGAGGGUGGCAAGACCAAUGAAGUCAAUGAGCGGAUGCUGGCACCGGUCAUUAAGAAAGUGAAGGCUGAGGACUGGAACCGCAUCGUUAUUGCUUACGAGCCUGUUUGGGCCAUUGGAACAGGAAAGGUGGCAACGCCCGAGCAGGCAGAAGAGACGCAUGCUGCGAUCCGCUCCUACCUAGCGAAGGCUGUGAGCGAGGACGUGGCAGAAAAGGUCCGGAUCCAGUACGGUGGCUCUGUUACGGUGGAGAACUGUGCAGAGCUCAUCAAGAAGCCGAACAUUGACGGCUUCUUGGUUGGAGGCUGCUGCAGAAAGCGCGUCCCUGAAGCCGUCCUUCAUGGAGAUCAUCCAGCUCUCCGGCGCAUAAAUUUGCGCUUUCUCUUGUGGCCAGACUCUGACAUCUUGCAAGCGCACGGGCAAGCGCCCCCGAGGAAGAGCACUCCUCCUCCGGUUCUGAAGAAGCCCAAGUUCUCAAAAAUAUCGGAGCUCCUUCCCAACACGAAGGUUCCCAGCGAAUUUUACGAGGUCUUGCAUUUCCUGACGAUGGGCUUUCGUGAAAGCAUAGAUGGUCUCUUGACGACGCUUUUUGUGGUGCGUGCCGCACAGAUAGGGCAACUCCAGCGCUGGGGAGGCCUCGUGGCCAAGCUUUCUGAUGACCCUUUCUGGCUCUCUGCAGCUCUCCUUGGCGUGGCAUCCAUCUUGCUGCCUGUUCCGCGAGUCAUGCUUGUGGCCCCGGCAGUGGUGGUCAUGCUCAUCUGUGAAGUAGAGUUGGAGCCCGGCUUGUUCUUCGGCGCUGUGGCCUGGCUGAUGCAGACAUUGCAACUCCUUUCGGAGCUCAUUUGUAGUAUCAAGGAGUUCCUCAUAUGCAUUCUCCACUCUUGGACCUCGCAGCCUCAACGUGCAGCGGGACGCGACUCUGGAGGUCUACGAGCUGUGGAGUGGGGUGCUGCCCUUGUCUUUCCCUUGUGUGUUGCAGCCGUCGUGUACCAUGUCGUUGCCAUGAGGCUCGAGCGAUGGAUGGCGCGGCAGCGCCUCCGUCGAGGGCUGCAGACGGCACUUGCCUCGCCCUUCCGCGCGGAGUUUGAUGUGGUCGAUGAUUUUGGCCCGGAACUUUCGCAAUCUUCAUCUAACGCCGUGGAAGGCAGCCCUGAUGUGUCUGGCUGUGCGAGCCGACAGCGAACAAAGAGUUCUUUUUCUGUGCAGUUCAUCAACAGCGGAAACUUUUCCCAGGAGCAACUCGCGAGUUUUAAAGAGAAGCUGCCGAUCCUGCUCGAUGCGCGACGUGGCCUCCUGGCGCAGGAGGCGGAAGAUGAUGAGGAGAUUCUGCAGGAGCACUUUGAGCUCCACAUCCGACGCAGUCACAUACUCGAGGACAGUUGGGAAGCUUUGCAGGAGGCAGCUUAUUUGGAGCUCCUAGCGCCCAAGCUACGCAUCGAGUAUGCAGGCGAACAGGCUCAAGAUCAAGGUGGAGUCGCGCAGGAUUGGUUCUGCGGCGUUGGUCAUGCACUCGCUGCAGAUGCAGGCAGCGACGAGAGCGCUUCCAUUCUGACAAUGGGCGCCAGCAGCAGGAUGCUGAUCCCACGGCCAGUGCACAAGGAGGCUGACAUGGCCGAAGUGGCCGAAGGGCGCUAUCGCGAUCUUUUCGUUUGUGGGCGCUUCCUUGCCCUGGCAACACUCCAUGGAGGUCGGCCUUUGCCGAUGCCACUGUCACCGUUCGUUUGCAAAUAUUUGGUUGGAGCUCCUGUGGAGCUCUCCGACAUGAAGCUCCUGGACAGUGAUUUCUAUCGACAGCGGGUGGAGCCGCUCCUAAGCCCGGACGGUCUGGAAGAGGUUGAGGCAGCUCUGGGCGAGCCCUUGACUUUUCUGUCUGUGCCCACGGAGCUCCGACCUGCCGAGGAGCUGGAACCCGGCGGAGCCUUCCGCAAGGUGACCAAGGAGAACCUGCACAGGUAUCUUGUCCUCCUCUGUGAGGCUUUCCUUUGCAGUGAGCUCCGGGAAGAGCUGCAGUGCUUGGUGCAAGGUUUCUGGGAUGUCUUGCCGCUAGAAGCCUUGAGAGCAGCACGCCUCGAGGCCAGCGACCUCGCCAUCUUGCUUACAGGGUCUUGCGGAGUGGAUGUAGGCGAAUGGCGCCGGUACAGCGACCAGGAGGCAGAUGCAGGCCCUGUGAUCUCCUGGUUCUGGGAGAUCGUGGAAGAGAUGACGGAGGAUCUCCGGCGGCAGCUUCUGCGCUUCGCUACUGGCAGUGCUCGACUGCCGCCAGGUGGCUUCGCAGCCCUGAAGCCUCGCUUCGCAGUGGCCAUGUCUUCUGCUGGCUCGGAAGAGCACCUCCCACACGCGCACACUUGCAUCAACCAGAUUGUGCUGCACAGGUAUUCUUCCAAGGAGAAGCUGCGGUGCAAGCUGGGCAAGGCGUUGCCAACAGAGAGCUUUGGAUUUGCAUAG